AGAAUGAAUAUUUCCUCUGUUUUAAGUCUUUUUCUAAUUUUUUGCUACCUAAGUGCCCAACAAUGUUACGCAGGGGAAGUAGAUGUUCUACGCGAAUUUCUCAAGGCUCGACGGGUAAAAACAACAAAUGUUAUUAGCCACGGUGUAGCGGUUGCUGAGAAACAGAAAUCAGUGUCAGAAUUCAAAGUGCCACAGGUAGGAUCAAAGGAAAAUGACAAGAUAUCGUCAUUGCCAGGGCAACCAAGUGGGAUCAAUUUUGCUCAAUAUUCAGGAUAUGUGACUGUUAAUGCUGAUAAUGGUAGAGCCCUCUUCUAUUACUUGGCAGAAUCGUUUGCUGAUCCUACUACAAAGCCUCUUGUUUUGUGGCUAAAUGGAGGACCUGGUUGUUCUUCAUUCGGAAAUGGAGGGAUGGUGGAACUUGGACCAUUCCGUGUCAAUAAAGAUGGGAAAACCUUGUGGCUCAAUCAAUUUGCCUGGAACAAUGUGGCAAAUGUCCUGUUUUUAGAAUCACCAGCUGGUGUUGGAUUCUCUUAUUCUAAUACAUCAUCAGAUUAUACUACCGGAGACGAAAAGACUAGACAAGACAGUUUCACCUUUCUCAUCAAUUGGAUGGAAAGAUUCCCAGAAUAUAAAAACCGCGAUUUUUACAUUGUUGGGGAGAGUUAUGCUGGUCACUAUGUACCUCAACUUGCUCAGCUAAUCUUAUCUCACAAGAAAACAGAACCCAACCUUGUCAUUAACUUGCAAGGAAUAGCUGCUGGAAAUGCUCUCCUUGAUGAUGAAACAUGGAAUAGUGGUUCAUACGACUUUUAUUGGACGCACGCACUAAUAUCAGAUGAAGUCCAUGAAGGAAUUGUCAAGAAUUGCAACUUCUCGACAGAAACGUCUACCUCAGAAGCUUGUGAUCAGUACACAAGCGAAGCAGAUUCAUGUCAAGCCAAUAUAUAUGAUUAUAACACAUACUCUCAACUCUGCAACUCCUCUGCCUAUACUUCACUUCCUGUAAAUGGAUUCGAUCCAUGCUCACCUGAUUACGUAGACAAUUACCUAAACACAGCUGAAGUACAGAAGGCACUUAAUGUCAGAGAUAUACCCCAUUUUUGGGAAUCUUGCAGUGGUUACAUACACGGCUCUUGGCAAGACUCCCCAGAUACUGUUCUGCCAAUCUACAAAGAGCUCAUGCAAAGUGGUAUUCGGGUUUGGAUAUAUAGCGGAGACAUAGAUCAUAUUUUGCCUGUAACUACAAGUAGAUAUGGUAUCGACAAAAUCAAAACACCAGUCAAAACGGCAUGGUACCCGUGGUUCUUCCAAGGGGAGGUUGGUGGUUACGCAGUAGAGUACCAGAACUUGACCUUCGUGACAGUGCGUGGAGCAGGACAUUUCGUGCCAAGCUAUCAACCUGGCCGUGCAUUAACCAUGUUCUCAUCCUUCAUCAAUGGGACACUCCCUCCUGGUUUCGAUUGGGAAGCAGAUGUUCUACGUGAAUUUCUCAAGGCUCGACGGACAAAAACAAGAGAUGUUGUUAGCCAAGGCCUAGCUGUUGCUGAGAAACAGAGAUCAGUGUCAAAAUUCUUAGUGCCACAGGCAGGAUCAAAGAAAAAUGACAAGAUCUCGGCAUUGCCAGGCCAACCAAAAGGGAUCAAUUUUGCACAAUAUUCAGGAUAUGUUACUGUUGAUGCUAAUGCUGGUAGAGCUUUGUUCUAUUACUUGGCAGAAUCACCUAAUGACCCUUCUACCAAGCCUCUUCUUUUGUGGCUAAAUGGAGGACCUGGUUGCUCUUCGUUUGGAAAUGGAGGGAUGGUGGAACUUGGACCAUUCCGCGUCAAUGAAGAUGGAAAAACUUUGUGGCUCAACCCAUUUGCCUGGAACAAAGUGGCAAAUGUACUGUUUUUAGAAUCACCAGCUGGUGUUGGAUUCUCUUAUUCUAAUACAUCAUCAGAUUAUACUACUGGAGACAAAAAAACUAGACAAGACAGUUUCACCUUUCUCGUCAAUUGGAUGGAAAGAUUUCCAGAAUAUAAACACCGCGAUUUCUACAUUGUUGGGGAGAGUUAUGCUGGUCACUACGUACCUCAACUUGCUCAGUUAAUCCUAUCUCACAAGAAAACAAAACCCAACCUUGUCAUCAGCUUGCAAGGAAUAGCUACUGGAAAUGCCCUCCUGGACGAUGAAACAUGGAAUAGUGGUUCAUACGACUUUUAUUGGACGCAUGCACUAAUAUCAGAUGAAGUCCAUGAAGGAAUUGUCAAGAAUUGCAACUUCUCGACAGAAACGUCUACCUCAGAAGCUUGUGACAAGUACACAAGCGAAGCAGAUUCAUGUCAAGCCAAUAUAUAUAGUUAUAACACAUAUUCCCAACUCUGCAACUCCUCUGCCUAUACUUCCCUUCCUAUAGAUGGAUUUGAUCCAUGCUCAGCUGAUUACGUAUUUAAUUACCUAAACACUGCUGACGUGCAAAAGGCACUCAAUGUCAGAGAUAUACCCCAAUCCUGGGAAUCUUGCAGUGACAUCUCUUGGGAAGACUCCCCACAUACUGUUCUACCAAUCUUUCAAGAGCUCAUGCUAAGUGGCAUUAGAGUUUGGAUUUAUAGCGGAGACAUAGAUCAUAUUUUGCCUGUAACGACAAGUAGAUAUGGUAUCGACAAAAUCAAAACACCAAUCAAAACUGCAUGGUACCCGUGGUUCUUCCAAGGGGAGGUUGGUGGUUACGCAGUAGAAUACCAGAACUUGACAUUCGUGACAGUACGUGGAGCAGGACAUUUCGUGCCAAGCUAUCAACCUGGCCGUGCAUUGACCAUGUUUUCAUCCUUCAUCAACGGGACACUCCCUCCUGGUUUCAAUUAAACAGAAGAUACAUUGUGAAAAAGGGAUUGCUGGUUUCAUAUGGAAUAAAUUUUGUA